GCAGAGCAGCAGCUUCUCAGUAUUCUUCUUUGCAGGAAAGAAAGCAAAGCUUUUUUUAUUUUCCUAAUAACAGCGAUUAUAAAUGUUUAAACAGAUGGGAAGAACAAGCCAAACUGUGCUAAUUAUUUUGUAUGUAUUAAUGGACGUUAAAGCUUUUGAAAUGGAAAUUACACCAGCCGACAGAGUUGUUGAACGGAUUGGAGCAACACUGAUACUCACAUGCAAUACUACUGGCUGUGCAUUACCAAAGUUUUCAUGGAGGACCCAAAUGGACUACCCCCUUGGAGGAAAAGUGUACAACAACAAGACACAUUCUACCUUGACUAUGAAUCCAGUUAGUGCUGAAAAUUAUAAUGAUUAUUUAUGCACUGUCAUCUGCAAUAAAGAGAAAAAAGAGAAGAGUGUCAAAGUUGAACUUUACUCUUUUCCCAGUGAUCCUAUCAUUGAGACCAGUGCAUCUUUAGUUGUUGGAGAAACCGCCACUGUCAUCUGUAAAAUUCAUGAUGUGUUUCCUUCUGAUCAUCUGGAAUUACUCCUAAAGAAAGAUGAGCAAAUUCUUCAUAGAAAAACUUUUGAAGGAGAUGUCAGCACAAAAACAGAAACCAAAACUGUGGCAUACUCAUUUAACCUUACAACUGAAGACAAUGGUAAAGAGAUUGUUUGUGUGGCCAGAUUACAAAUUGCUGGUAUGGACUUUGAGCCCAAAGAAAGAUUAACUUCUCUGAAACUGAAUGCAAACUUUGGUCCACAAAAUACUUCCAUUAAUGCAUCUCCAGGAAACUCAUUAAUGGAAGGACACUUUCUAAAACUUACUUGUAUGACUGACAGUAAUCCACCAGCACAAGUAUUUUGGAGAAAACAUCUGGCAAAGGAAACCAUUCAGCAUUUCAUAGAAAACAGUGUUCUUUCUAUUCCUCAUGCCCAUUUCACUGACUCGGGGCAGUACAUCUGUGAAGUAGUUAAUCCUGUAACUAAUAAAACUGAGAAAGCAACCACGAACAUUGUUAUACAAGCUCCACCAAAAAAUGCAUCACUAAUGGUUUUCCCAUCGAGUUCAGUAAAAGAAGGAGAAAGUGUUACCAUCUCUUGCUCAGCUACAGGUGUCCCAGCUGUUCAGAUUAUCCUAGAAAAAAAAAUAGGUGAUGUGGUCACAACCCUUAAAACAGAAGAUGGCAAAUACACCAUAGACAAGGUUCAGCCAGAGGAUGCAGGAAAAUAUGAGUGCACAUUCACUAACAAAUUUGGAAAUCAUUCUCUAGAUGUAGAGCUUGAUGUCAAAGUUCCUCCUCAGAAUAUUACUGUGUUAGUUUAUCCAUCAGAAAAUGUUAAAGAAGGAGAAAAUGUCACUAUUAUGUGUAGCACAUACAGUAACCCACCAUCACAGAUGAUCCUGAAAAAAGUUAAUCAAGACGAAGAAAUAAUUCUACCAGCAGUCAAUGGAACCUUUACUCUCUAUAAUGUCACCAAAAAUGAUACAGGCAGAUAUUUGCUUGAUGUUUUCAAUGAGGUUGGAAACAACAUCAAAGUGAUAGAGAUAGCUGUUGUAGGAAAAUUGGAAAAACCAGAUCAAAUUAUGCCCCUGAUGAUUGCACUCUCCUGUGUAACAGCAAUAGCAAUACCUGUGGUUGCAAUUUUGAUCUACGUGUCAAGAAAAGCAAAGAUAAAUGGAUCCUACAGUCUUGUUAAAGCAUUGAGGCUGAAAGUGUGAUUGUAUGAAUAUAAAUACAAAUAGUUCAUGAUAAGCAAUGUUAUUUAUUGUUGUGACUCUUUAUAUGCCUAUUCCAAAAAAUAUGGUAACAAGUGAUUUGAGGACAGGUACCAUAUGAUAGCAAAUGAAAUUUUUUUGUGCUUUAAGCAGUAUUUCAGAAUUUAAAUUGAAGGGAAGGCUAGCAUGUUAGGAGUAGGUAUAGCACUUCUGUGUUGAAGCAUGAUAAACCAAGAGUUUGUUGGAGAACUAAGUUUGUACAUAGUGUAUAAAUUGUUGCAAAUAUGUUUAACUGAAUAUCAGUUUGUAAAAUUACAGUCUCUGCAGCUGUACAUAGAUGUUGUUAAUUUAAAUAUAUAAAUCAGCAUUAUUUGAACUGAUUGAUUAAUAAUAUCUUAUUUUGUAUUAUUCUACAGAUUGAAUGUCUUUAAUAUAGUCUUUCUGCUUGUGGCAAUGUUUGGAAAAUGUUCCCUUUUCACUUAUUUUGCUGUGAACUGUGUACCUUCAAAGAAAUUACACAAUCACUGUCUGAUGAAUACACAUCUGAUUAUUUUAAAUUAA